UUCUCAAGUUAACAAUAAUAAUUCAUAGAAAUAUAUAUAUAUAUAUAAUUGAAAAUACUUCCGGGAAGUAUAUAUGUUCAUUGCUGAUUUUUGAGAGAAUUUUCUCAAUUUACAUAGAUCCAAGUAAGCCUUCAAGAAUGAUAGUAAAAAAUAACAAACCAUUGUAAAUUUAUUUUUAUUGAUCGAAAAAAAAAAUUUUUUUGUUUGGUAAACAAGAGCAAUUGUUGACAUAUGUAAUACUAAUGUUAAAUGAUUCGUUUAUAUAUUGUUUAUCAACAUUCAAUUGUUGAUCUAUCUUAUUUAGUCGACUAACAUAUUUCUUAUAUAUUAUAGACUUGUAGUUUGUUUUGCUUUUUUUUUUUUGCUGUUAUAAACAUAGUUUUAAUUAAACAAAUUUUCUAGGAUAUUCUUCGUUGUCGUGUGCUCACAUCUGGCAUUUACGAAACUAUCUUUACCGUUGAACGCGUGCGCUUCCAUAUGUUUGAUGUGGGCGGACAACGUGAAGAACGACGAAAAUGGAUACAAUGUUUCAAUGAUGUUACUGCAAUUAUAUUUGUCACAGCAUGUGACAGUUUUAAUAUGAUGCUUUUUGAAGAUGAAGGAGAAAAUCGACUAAGAGAAUCACUUGAGCUUUUUAAAAAUAUAUGGAAUAAUCGAUGGCUACGGACAAUAUCUGUUAUAUUAUUUCUCAAUAAACAAGAUCUUUUAGCUGAAAAAAUCAAAAAUGGUCGUCGACUAGAAGAUUAUUUUCCUGAAUUUGCUCGAUAUGUUGUUUCACAAGGCGAGCAAGAACUCUCUGUACAAAAAUACAACAAAGCCGAGCCGGAUGAAGAUCCUGAAGUAACUCGAGCUAAAUAUUUUAUUCGCGAUGAAUUUCUGCGAGUCAGCACGGCUACCGGUGAAAAUCGUCAUUAUUGUUAUCCGCAUUUUACAUGUGCGGUUGAUACAGAAAAUAUUCGUCGAGUAUUCAAUGAUUGUCGCGACAUCAUUCAACGUAUGCACUUGAGACAGUACGAAUUACUGUGA